GCGUUGAACGUCAGUUUUCGGGAUCUACAUUUCGAGCCAAAAUUCUACAAUCAAAAUUAUCUGUUUGGAAAAAAUGCAUAUUAUAAAAUAAUGGGCAUAGACUUAGAGUACAUCUGCUGCAAUCCAGCGUCUAGUUCCUCAAGUUCGACGAAAAUAUUCUGUGACAUUGAAAAUCCUUGUAGCCCAUGCAGAUGUAAUCGGUGCUGUAAAUCAAACUUUUUGAACGAUCAUACCUAUGCAAUACUCAAGAGGAUAUGCCAUAAGAUAGUCAAAAACUGCAAUCGACAGCGGUGUCGGGAACAGUAUUCAGUAUUUGAUGGUGGAAAUAGCACAAACUUAAAGCAACUGAUUGGAGAACAAAGAGAUGCAUACCUACAAUACGGUGACGGCAGGAAUAAAUACACGGACGCGUUCGAAAGGUGCCGAAAAAGUCGAGGGCGCGGUGAAAGAGAUGGUGACGAUUACGGAGAUGUCUCUAAAAGAAACCAGAAGUGCAAAGGCCGAGGUGGUGUAGACGGUGAUUGGGCGGAUGGAUCUCGGAGAGGCAAAGGUCGUGACUACGACGGCGAGGACACUGAAGAAUGGAACAAAUCCAGAAAGAAAGGUCUAGGUGACGACGAAGAUGGCGGAGAUUCGCAGAAAAAGAAGGCCAAAGGGCGUGGGGGUAUUGGUGACGACGAUGAAGACGGAUCCAAAAGCAAAAAGGGCAAAAAGGGUAAAGGCAAGGAUAAAGAUGGUGACGAAGAUGGCGAGGCGGGAAAAGCUAAGGGAAAAGGAAAGGGAAAAGGGAAGGAUGGGGAUGAGGAUGGAGAUAGUGCGAAGAAAGGUGGAAAGGGAAAAGGAGCAAAGGAGGGGGACGAAGAUGCCGAUGGAUCUAAGAAAGGCGGUAAGGGAAAAGACAAGGAUGGAAAAGAUGGCGGAGAUGCAGCCGACGCAGCCAAAAAGGCUGGAAAAGACAAAGGCAAAGGUGAAGACGCAGACGCUGCCGCUGCUCCCAAGAAGGCUGAAAAGGGCAAGGGCAAAGGUGACGACGCAGAUGCAGACGCUGCCGCGGCUGCCAAGAAGGCUGGAAAAGGCAAAGGCGAAGAUUCCGAACCUGCAGCCAGAAAGUCUAAAAAAGGAAAAGGCGAGGAGGCAGACGCUGCAGCCAAGGCCAAGGAAGCCGCCGAUAAGAAGGCUAAAGAAGACAAAGCAAAAGCCGACAAGGAUGCGGCGGCUGCUAAGGCCAAAGCCGAAAAGGAAGCUGUUAUGGCGCUAGCUAAGGCCAAGGCCGCUGCCGAUAAGGAAGCUGCUGCGGCGGCAAAAGCCGCUGCUGCCGCUGCCAAGGCUAGCGGCGCUGCAGGAAAAGAAUCAAAGGCCAAAAAAGGUGAAGGUGAAGGUAAAAAAAAGAGAGACUCUGCAGGAAGAAAGAGCAAAUCUGGCCAAGGUCGAGCCUCUAGUGAUCGUGGCAGUCGGGGUAGACGUGGAAGUCAAGGACGAGAAGGUGGCACAAGAGGGAAGGAUGGAAAUCGCCAGAACGAUGGCAAGUCUGUAGGAAGAUACGGCGAAAAUCGUGAUCAGCCAGGAUGUCGUGUCGUCCGUACCUGCGAUGUCAUGCGAUGUCAGUUGGAGCAAAGGGAUAUGUACAGAUUAUGCUUUUGCCCCUGUAACGACGGACCUUUGUGCAGCCCUUGUACGCCUUGCUUACCUUAUCCACCAUGUUGUCCGCCCUGCAUGAUGUAGAAGAUAGUUCAAGAUCAAUACAAGGCUUCUGUAAAAAGUAAACGAAUCUCAAGCAAUAGGGAAAUAGUUGAUAGAAGAUAGUUACUAGAAGUAGAAAAUAGUGGAACUCCUGUAUAUUCUAAAUGUCUCUUAUAUAAGCCCAAAAUACCCCUAUAAGCCUUGUCGAAAACUAGUGAGACUGUGUGUUAAGGAGAUCAGACGCUUCAUUCAUGUAUACGCUUCAUGUAGACCUCUUAUAUUUGCUGUUAAAAUCUAAUGUGCAUUAAAUCUUUUCAUCAUA